UCGCGGUAGGGAAGAUGGCGGAGCCGAGGGAGCCUGUCGGGGAGGCGGCGUUUGCGCGGCGCAUUGACCCGGAGCGGGAGCCGGGGCUGAGCCCUGAGCAGCGCCGCUUCAUGGCGCAGGUGGAGCGCGCCCAGCGUCAGCGCGCCUUGCAGCGCCAGCUCCGCAGCCGCAACGUGUUGCUGGCCCUCGGCAUCGGCGUGGUCACCGCGGGCAUCUACGGGUAUACCUUCUACUCCGUGUCGCAGGAGCAGUUUCUGGACGAGCUGGAGCAGGAAGCGGAGGCGGCGCGGGCACGGGCCUGGGAGCGGCAGAAGAGUGCUGCGAGCUGAGCCCGGCCUGGCCCGGCGACGGCCUCGAGGAGACCGGAGUCGCGUGGAGCCUGCGUGGCCGUGCUACUCGUUACAGUGUCAGGACACCCUGCAGGCAGGGCCUUUUGUCCCAGAGCACAGUGGGGUCCUGGCUAGGGACAUGUUCUCAGAAUGGGAUCGGGCUCCUGCUGCCUUUGCACAAUAAACAUGUCUAGAGCCUGG